CGGUCCCAUCCUGCUCAGGCUAGGGCUGCUGUGACGUCACCGGUUUCCCAGGGCUUCAUUCCUGUUGAGACGGAGUCGGAGCAGGCGAGCGGCUGCAGGAAGAGAAGCAGUAGGGAAGCCGGGGGAGGAUUACCUUGUCACUACACUUUGCCGUCUCCCUGCUCUGGCGAAACUUGAAAGUACUCGUUUUCAAACAGUUUUGUGGCGGUGAUAGGAACGAAAAAAUAUUCAUAAACCGAAACAGUUCUUCUGAGAAGAAACGAAGUGUCACAGAUAGCUGCUGUCCACAAUGGACGAUGGGAAGCCAGUGUGGGCACCGCAUCCAACUGAUGGUUUCCAGUUAGGUACAAUUAUAGACAUUGGAGCAGACUCACUGACAAUUGAACCCCUUAAUCAAAAGGGAAAAACCUUUCUUGCUCCCAUCAACCAAGUUUUUCCUGCUGAAGAUGACAGUGAAAAAAGUGUUGAAGAUAACUGUUCUCUUAUGUAUUUAAAUGAAGCCACACUUUUAAAUAACAUAAAAGUACGAUACGGAAAAAACCAUAUUUAUACGUAUGUAGCCAACAUCCUGAUUGCAGUGAACCCAUACUAUGACAUAAACAAACUCUACUCAUCUGAGACUAUUAAGAAGUACCAGGGCAAGUCUCUUGGUACUUUGCCCCCACAUGUGUAUGCAGUUGCGGAUAAAGCUUUUCGAGAUAUGAAGGUCCUAAAACUAAGCCAGUCCAUUAUUGUGUCUGGUGAGUCAGGUGCUGGCAAAACUGAGAACACAAAAUUUGUGCUCAGGUACUUGACAGAAUCAUAUGGUACAGGCCAAGACAUUGAUGAAAGAAUAGUUGAGGCCAAUCCCUUGCUGGAAGCUUUUGGAAAUGCUAAAACAGUGCGAAACAACAACAGUAGUCGAUUUGGGAAAUUUGUAGAAAUUCAUUUUAAUGAAAAGAAUUCUGUUGUAGGAGGAUUUGUGUCACAUUAUCUUUUGGAGAAAUCCAGGAUCUGUGUGCAGAGUAAGGAAGAGCGAAACUAUCAUAUAUUUUAUCGGUUAUGUGCUGGUGCUUCUGAAGAUAUUAGAGAACAAUUUCAUUUGAACUCUCCUGAUAACUUCAGAUAUUUAAAUCGUGGCUGCACCAGAUUUUUUGCAACCAAGGAAACUGAUAAACAAAUAUUACAAAACAGGAAAAGUCCUGAGCAUUUAAAAGGAGGUUCAUUGAAAGACCCAUUGUUAGAUGAUCAAUGUGAUUUCAACAGGAUGUGUAUAGCCAUGAAAAAAAUAGGCCUGAAUGAUGUUGAAAAGUUGGAUCUCUUCAGAGUUGUUGCUGGAGUCCUUCAUCUGGGUAAUAUUGACUUUGAAGAAGCUGGCAGUACAUCAGGUGGCUGUAUCCUAAAGAAAAAAUCCAGUCAAGCUGUAGAAAACUGUGCAGAGCUACUUGGCCUUUGUGAAGAGGACUUGCGAGUCAGUCUGACAACAAGAGUAAUGUUGACGACAGCAGGGGGCACUAAAGGCACAGUUAUUAAGGUACCCCUGAAAGUGGAACAGGCAAAUAAUGCACGUGAUGCUUUGGCUAAAGCUGUGUACAGCCGGUUGUUUGAUCAUGUGGUAAAAAGAGUGAACCAGUGCUUUCCAUUUGAGACAUCAUCUUGCUUCAUUGGAGUUUUAGACAUUGCGGGGUUUGAAUAUUUUGAACAUAACAGUUUUGAGCAGUUCUGCAUCAAUUACUGCAAUGAAAAACUGCAACAAUUCUUCAAUGAGAGAAUUCUUAAAGAGGAACAAGAAUUAUACCAAAGGGAAGGACUUGGAGUAAAUGAAGUGCACUAUGUUGAUAACCAGGACUGUAUUGAUUUAAUUGAAGCAAAACUUGUUGGUAUACUUGACAUUUUGGAUGAAGAGAAUCGUUUACCUCAACCCAGUGAUCAACAUUUUGCAGAUGUUGUACACAAGAAACACAAAGAUCACUUCAGACUUACAGUUCCCAGGAAGUCCAAGCUGGCUGUUCACAGAAAUGUCAGAGAUGAUGAGGGGUUCAUUGUCCGACAUUUUGCUGGAGCAGUGUGUUACGAGACGACCCAGUUUGUUGAGAAGAAUAAUGAUGCGUUACAUAUGUCUCUGGAGUGCCUGGUGUCUGAAUCUAAGGAUAAAUUUAUGCGAGAACUUUUUGAAAACACCAACAAUAUCAAGGACUCAAAGCAAAAAGCUGGAAAGCUUGGAUUUAUUAGUGUGGGCAACAAAUUCAAGACACAAUUAAAUAUUUUGCUAGAAAAACUUCGCAGUACGGGCUCUAGCUUUAUCCGCUGUGUCAAGCCUAAUCUGAAGAUGGUAAGCCACCAGUUUGAGGGGGCACAGAUUCUUUCACAAUUGCAGUGUUCAGGAAUGGUGUCAGUGCUGGACCUAAUGCAAGGAGGAUUCCCAUCGCGAGCUCCUUUUCAUGAACUUUAUAAUAUGUAUAAGAAAUAUAUGCCAGCUAAGUUGUCAAGACUGGAUCCUAGGCUGUUUUGCAAGGCGUUAUUCAGAGCACUUGGAUUAAAUGAAAACGAUUAUAAAUUUGGUUUAACAAGAGUAUUCUUUCGUCCUGGCAAGUUUGCAGAAUUUGAUCAAAUUAUGAAGUCAGACCCUGAUCAUCUGGCAGAUCUUGUAGAACGUGUGAAUAAGUGGCUCAUUUGUAGUCGUUGGAAGAAAGUACAGUGGUGUGCCCUUUCAGUCAUCAAAUUGAAAAACAAGAUGAAAUAUCGAGCAGAUGCAUGUAUUAAGAUGCAGAAAACAGUCCGCAUGUGGCUUUGCAGGAAAAAACAUAAGCCUCGCAUUAAUGGUCUGGUAAAGGUAAAGACUUUGUUGAAGAGAAUACAUGAGUUUAAUGAAGUCGUGAACACACUGAAGGAAGGAAAGCAAGAGAUGAGUAAACAGGUUCAAGAUCUGGAUGUUUCAAUCAGUCAGCUAAUGGCUAAAAUCAAGGCUUAUGAAAUGACAAGGUGGGAUAUUGAUAAGGAGUAUGAGGCACUGGUAAAGCGAUCAGGACAACUACUUACAGCACUGCAGAAAAAGAAACAAGAGGAGGAAGAGGUAGAGCGCUUAAGGCGCAUUCAAGAAGAAAUGGAGCAUGAAAGGAAGAGACGUGAGGAAGAGGAGCUGCAGCGUAAGAAGGAAGAGGAAGAGAGACGUCUAAAAGCAGAAAUAGAGUUAAAACGAAGACAAGAAGAAGAGGAACGUAAGAAGAGAGAAGAAGAAGAGAAACGACUUCAGGCUGAAAUGGAAAUACAGCUAGCUGCCGAGAGGGAGGAGGAAGUUCAGAGACAAGCCAUUUUGGAACAAGAGCGUCGUGACAGGGAAUUGGCAUUGCGUAUUGCUCAGAGUGAAGCUGAACUCAUCAGUGACGAGACUCUGUCAGAUUCUGGAUUGAGAAGUAGUGACAUAGCAAAUAUUACUCCACUUUCAGUGAAGUCAAAUGCUGCUGGCCCACAAACAAAACUUACAAUGGAUCAAAUGGCCAAAGAAAUGUCUGAGCUCCUGGCUAGGGGCCCACAAGUGCAAGCAAACAAGGCUACAGUUGGAAGUAAGAAAUAUGAGCUAAGCAAAUGGAAGUAUGCAGAGCUUCGAGAUGCCAUAAACACUUCAUGUGAUAUUGAACUUCUGGCAGCCUGCAGAGAAGAGUUUCACAGAAGGCUUAAAGUUUACCAUGCAUGGAAAUCAAAGAAUAAAAAACGCAAUGCUGAAACUGAGCAAAGAGCUCCUAAAUCAGUAACUGAUUAUGAUCAUGCACCUUUUUUGAAAAAUACAUCUCAACAAAAUCCAGCUCCACCAUUACCAGCCCGUCACCAAGAAAUUGCCAUGAACCGUCAGCAGAGAUACUUCCGCAUCCCAUUCAUUCGCCCUGCUGAUCAAUAUAAAGACCCUCAAAACAAGAAGAAAGGAUGGUGGUAUGCCCAUUUUGAUGGGCCGUGGAUUGCGCGCCAGAUGGAGUUACAUCCAGACAAGCAGCCAAUAUUGCUUGUAGCUGGAAAAGAUGAUAUGGAGAUGUGUGAGCUAAGCCUGGAAGAAACUGGCCUUACUAGAAAACGUGGAGCUGAAAUCUUGCCGAGACAGUUUGAAGAAAUCUGGGAACGUUGUGGUGGAAUCCAGUACCUCCGAAGUGCAAUUGAAAAGAAGCAGGCGAAACCAACGUACGCCACUGCCAUGUUGCAGAGCCUUCUGCAAUAAGCCUGUAACUUUUUUGUUCUUUAAUCUUAAAAGGAGCUGAAACAAUUUGUAGGAUAAAGGGAAAAUUGCACUCCAAUAAGGGAGCAGCUAAAGUCAAAUGUAAUCAAACUGGGACAUUCCUACAUUAGAUUGAAAGAUUACUGAUUUUUUUUUUUUUGGUGGUUUCAUGGAAAAUUUUUAGUUCUAUUUUUGAAAUGUAAUUUUUGCAGUGAGAAAACACUCUUCUUUUCAAUAAAUUAAGUAAAUUUAUCUUUGCUAUUAAUUACUUUUUUAAUUCAAAUUCUAUUCUAUUAAGGCAGCUGCUAAUGUACAAACAUGAUCCAACAACCAUAGCUGUUUAAAGAAAAGUCUUAUUUUUCCAAGGGAUUUAUAUAAAUUUAAUCAAAGCAUUAAUAAUAAAUAUUUGUAAAGUAAUCUUUAAUAAUCAGAUUUGAUCACAUCUGUGUAAAAUUGAAUUAUACAUUUGUAUUUUUCUGUCAAUGUUAUUCAUUGUUAGUACAUUGAAUAAAUUCAUACCUUUUUUAUUUGUUUACCCCUAGUAGAAGGGUACAUUUAACACAAUAAUGAUCAAAGUGACAACUUAUUUCAAUUUUAGACAGAUGAGAAGGGAUUUUCUGGAAAACAAAAUGUUGCAGAGCUUGUUUACAGUAUUCACUGGCCUUGACUUUUUAAUAUAUGUGGAAAAAAAACUAUUCAUGUAAUGGAUAUUGAAAAUUACAUGUAUUCUGUAUGUGUUCAUUAUUUCAGUUAGCCAUUCGUUACAGUGCACUGCACAAUAAUGUAUUUUUUGGCAAAAUAAACAAAACGCUGCCCCUUCUGGAUUAUUUGAUUGUUUUUGUUUGUUUCCUCAAAUCACAGUCCUGUGGUCAAGUGGCAGCGGUAGGUUUUCACUAAAGCAGUCUCUUAAACAUUUGAUAACUAAUUAAUUCCUGUACAUUACAGCUGUGCCUAAUUAGCCUUCUUGCUUAUUCAUUUCUUCAUGAUUAAGCAUGGCACAAAUAUUUCAUUUCUUGAUUAUAUUAUAUAAUGUGUAUAUGUUUUUCUUAAUUAAUUAUUCAUUUGCCUGCUCAGUUCAUUUAUUUUUUUCUAAUGUACAGUACUUUCUUCUUUCAAGAUACACCAUUAUAAAAAAAGGUACUUGUAUCAAAUUGACAUUCUCACUUACAGAAUAUGCUGCUUUUUGUGCAAAUAUCUGAUAAUUUAUCCUUUAGAAUAAUAAUUCUUACUUCUAGGGACUUUAAUAAUAAAGAAGGUAAAUUAAACAAGGUGUUCAUGUACAAGAAUAACCAAAGUGGACCAGCCUGGACAUGAUAUAUUAUGCUAGCAGAGAUAUUUGGAGAAAUGUUUACUGCUGUUGAGUGACACAGGAAUUAUAUACAACAGUUAAGUUUACACGUUUUGAGCAUUCCAUGACUAAUAGUUUCCAGAGAAAAUUUAUAUUUAAGCAAUUAAAAUGUGUAGGUUUUGUAAAUGUAUAAUAUUAUAUAUACUGUAUAUUUCUAUCAGGAGAUUUUAAGAAGCUUACUUUUAAGAGAUACGGUAUGCAUCAGCAUUAGCCACAUGUGACAGUUGAUGGAUAUCUGUAUAUAAGUCAUUUUUAACAAAGAUUAUAAAAGGUGGUCUUAAUACAAAAACUGGAAUUAUAUUCUUUUUUAAUUCAUUUUAUUUUCUUGCCACCUAGGGUGUUUUCAAGUGCAUAGCAUUCUCUUUCUGUGCAAUUUAAAAAAAGAGAAGACAAACUGUGGUUUUAAGACAAUCUUCUUUCUAUAUUUCUCUUUGCACAUUUUAUUGUUUAUUAGUUUUUGACUUUUAAAUGUGACGUGAAAUAAUCCUUAAUAGUUAUCCAAUUUGUUGGGAUCUAUUCAUGCAAUACUGUUUUAUGGUUUUAAACAUGAGUAGGUUUGGGUAUUGUUUUAAAUGAUGAUGAUGCUGUACUGCUUAUCACAGCUUUAUUGCAUCAGCUAUGCCUUUAAAAUUUUUGAUUUUGAAACAUUUUUGAAGCUUGGCUUUUAGUUUUAUGUAUUAAUAAAUAAUUAAAUAAAAAUAUUAAUAUCUUU